UUUACAUUGUUCCCUCUUCUUCUACAAACGUGGAACACGCAAAAAUAUUGUUUUUAAUAGUUUGCCUUCACCGUGGAGUUUUGAAUUUCAAUCGACUUAAUCAAUUUCGACGCACUACAUGUAAGACAACAGUUCGAAAGAUCUGAAUUUCGUGAGCCGUUAUUCGUGAGCUUUUAAGGACUUAUUUUGUCGGUGAUUAUUUUUUUGUGUUGUCCUUAGACGGCUAAGACCGAUCACUGUACAUCUCGCCUUGGUGAUUAUUUGCAAGAGUGUAUUGUGUUUGACCUUGGCACGCAGAUAAAACUCAUCAACGACAUAUUUAUAAAUGUGAACAAAAUAUUGAACAAAAAGUAUUAUAAUUCAGCCAUGAGCUUUCAUAGACCUAACACGCCUAGUUCAGGUUACGAACGACACUCUCGUUCCUCUACAAAUUCAGAUGCCUACAGUACUAUGUACGCAAUCAAUGAUCCGCCUCCACCGGGCACCAUAUCUACACCCUCGCUACCACCGGUUGGUAAGAUAACAUUCCCAGUGCAGCCAAAUUUCAGCGUUCCCCCGCCUGCUUUACCGCCCGGAAGAAUUGCUGGUUUCGAACGACACCAAACAGCGCCACCGGAAAGCAAGAAAUAUGAUCGGUACUCAACCAAGACAUCAUCGAGCCAUCGGUACACAUCCCAUAGCUCGUCAUCCUUAUCUACGCGAAGCUACGGAUCAACAUCUUCGAGCCGAAGUGGCAAGGGAUCAUCAAGUAAAUAUUCUGAUUACAGUGGAAGAGACAGUUAUAGAAGUCGUUCCUCGCCUCCUCCUACGGGACAAUCGCAUCAUAGCAGUCGUAGUUAUUCGGUGCCAAGCCGAGAUCAUGACCGUCGCCGUCCUCGAAGCCGUGAACGUGAUCAUUCUUCACGGUCAACAUCGCUCCGUGCGGAAACGCGAAGAAGUGAUUCAUCUCCUCCGGCAAGUCAGGGUAAAGAUCGUCCAUCACGAGCUUCUCGAUUCAAAUUGGAUUCAGAACGUGAAGCGAUUCUGUCUAAGUGGAGGCAAAAUUAUUGUGAGACCCCCGAGGACAUUCGCCGAAAGUUGGCAGAAUUAACCAACAAUGAGGAGAAGAAUAGCUGGGUUCGAUCAUCGCCAGCAGAUCUUCAUUAUCGGCGUGUGUCGGAUAAAAUUGUAGAAGGAACACCGCGAUUAGAUGCCCUGUGUGUUCUGUUCGAAAGAGAGCUGAUGUUUCGAGCGGAUAGUGCUCGUGCUAAACAAGUUCCUUAUCAACCUCCACCGAGGAAACACAAAGUUCGGAUUUGCCGCCACAAGAAUGAUAAAUGUUCCUCUUCAGAUUCUUCGGACGACGAGUUGAAUUUCGAAGACGAAUGUAGCAUGGAAGAACUUACAGCAAAAAUCAAACACCCGUACAGGUUGCAUGUCGAUUUAUGGUAUAACGACUUUGGUGAGAUGAACGAUGGUCCACUUUGUCGAUGUUCGGCAAGAUCGAGGCGAACUGGGAUCCGUCAUGGCAAAUAUCCUGGAGAGGUGGGAUUCACAAAAUGUUUACCUCAUACAAAUAAUGCGGAUAAGCUAUACCACUACAGGAUCACGAUUUCGCCGCCUACAAAUUUUCUGACAAAAACGCCAACGAUCAUCAAGCAUGAUCAGCAUGAGUUUUUGUUUGAAGGCUUUUCACUGCUAUCUCAUCAACCGAUCGGGGAACUACCGACCUGUAAAGUCAUUCGGUUCAACAUAGAGUAUACUAUUCUUUACUUAGAAGAACAGAUGCCGGAGAACUUCACAAUCCGUGAGUUGGACCUAUUUGAACGCUUUGUUUUCAAAGAGCUACUUGAAUUGGUGGACUUUACUGUCUUUCCAUCUGGUGCCAAUACUGAGGACUCGUGCCCGUGCUAUCACUUUUUGCCACGAUUCGUGCGUGAUUUGCCGGACAACGGUAAAGAGGUACUGGCUAUGUGCGAGGUUCUUCGGUACUUGUUGGAUAAUUCGGGCCCGCUUGUUGCCCCCGAAAUACUAAAAGAGAUGAACGACAUGAGCCAGAUCGAGUGGCAAGACUACGUAGAUUACGUAAAAGGAAUGGUAGUCACUAACCCGGGCAUGAAACCCUGUUCGGUUCGAGUUGAUCAACUUGAUCGCAAUGUCGCCGAUGUUCCAAAGGCUAGCCUGACGGAUGAGCAAGGGUUUGUUCACCCGGUUAUUGUACAUUUUGGCAUUCGACCACCGCAGCUUAGUUAUGCAGGAAACCCUGAGUAUCAAAAAGCGUGGAGAGAAUACGUAAAGUUUCGUCAUCUGAUUGCUAACAUGUCCAAACCAUCGUUCGAUGACAAGCGAAAGCUGGAAGCGAAGGAAAAUCGUCUGCUGGAAAUGCGAACUCAAGGUCGUAUGAAACGGAAUAUUACCGUAGCGGUCAGUGCCAAGGGUUUCCAUCGAACCGGAAUCAUGUGCGACAUGGUUCAGCACGCCAUGGUCAUUCCGGUACUAACCGGACAUCUGCGAUUUCAUCGCGCACUAGAUGUUCUGGAAAAGUACAUCGACUACACGUUUAUUAAUCGGUACACUCUGCAGUUGGCUCUGACUCAUCCAUCGUACAAGGAGAACUUCGGCACCAAUCCGGAUCAUGCACGGAACAGUUUGACUAAUUGUGGCAUACGGCAGCCGGAGUACGGCGACAGGAAAAUUCAUUUCAUGAAUACUCGCAAGCGCGGUAUCAAUACGUUAAUCAGCAUCAUGUCUCGCUUCGGAAAAGAGUACGAAACGGAUAGUAAUAUUACGCACAACGAACGGUUGGAAUUUCUCGGUGAUGCCGUGGUGGAGUUCAUCACGUCGAUACAUCUAUUCCAUAUGUUUCCAGAUCUGGAGGAAGGUGGAUUGGCUACCUAUCGUGCUGCCAUUGUCCAAAACCAGCAUCUGGCCGUUCUGGCAAAAAAACUGCACCUGGAGGAGUUUAUGCUGUACGCACACGGAUCGGACCUGUGCCACGAGUUGGAACUUCGGCAUGCUUUGGCCAACUGUUUUGAAGCCUUGAUGGGUGCUUUGCUGCUCGAUGGCGGUAUCGAAACUGCCGAUCGUGUCUUUGCCUACGCACUGUUUCAGGAGGACAGGAAUUUGCGAGGUAUUUGGGUAAAUUAUCCGCCUCAUCCAUUGCAGGAGCAGGAACCACUCGGAGAUCGGCACCACAUUGAAUCGUUCGAAAUGCUGAAAACACUGACCAAGUUCGAAGACUCCGUUGGGGUCCGCUUCAAUCACAUCCGUUUGCUAGCCAGAGCAUUUACCGACAGAUCUAUCGGAUUCACCAAUUUGACACUAGGAUCUAAUCAGCGAUUGGAGUUUCUGGGUGAUACGGUACUGCAGUUGAUAUGUUCGGAAUAUCUAUACAGACACUUUCCGGAGCAUCACGAGGGUCAUUUAUCGCUGCUUAGAAGUUCGUUGGUGAACAAUCGAACACAAGCAGUUGUUUGCGACGAUUUGGGCAUGACAACGUAUGCAGUUUAUUCUAAUCCAAAGGCGGAUCUAAAAACUAAAGAUCGUGCCGAUUUACUUGAAGCAUUUUUAGGAGCUCUUUACGUGGAUAAGGGUUUAGAACACUGUGAAAUGUUCUGCCACGUUUGUUUAUUCCCAAGACUGCAAGACUUUAUUAUGAACCAAGACUGGAAUGAUCCAAAAUCGAAGCUACAGCAGUGUUGUUUGACUCUUCGAACGAUGGACGGUGGAGAACCGGACAUACCAAUCUACAAGGUUAUCGAAUGUAAUGGACCGACAAACACUCGCGUCUACACAGUGGCUGUGUACUUCCGUGGGAAACGACUCGCUUGUUCCAAUGGACACAGCAUCCAACAGGCGGAGAUGAACGCGGCGAAACAGGCACUGGAAAACUCCAAAGAUUUGUUUCCCCAGCUGGAUCAUCAGAAACGAGUUAUUGCUCAAAGUUUGAAGCGACAGAAAGUUCGUCGUUCAUCUGCAGAUGAUCGCUCAGAAGAUCAGGAGCGACGAGAAGAAGUGACUUCGGAUUCUUCGGGUAACGACGAUUAUCAGAGACGCAAACGGAAACGAAUUGCAGAAUCGCCACGACUUCCUAAGCAGUAUCAGAUGCAGGAUAGCGAAAGUGAUAUCGGUGGCAACGAUCAACGAGACAAGAAAAGGAGGCGCCUGAAGAAAGCUAAUAAAAAUACCCGUUUGGCCGAGAAAGAACAGGAACACUCGGUGGUAACAAAACCCCAAAAAAGUGAGCAGAUCCCAGUUAGUUUAGUCGAUCAGUAUGAUUCGCUGUCGGAUGAAGUGGAUCUUCAGCUGGAAGCUAUUUCCGAAUCAGAUGAGGAAUUCGAGGAGAGUCAAACUGUCGAAGCCGAAUUCAAUACUAGUAUGGUCUCCGAUGUUAGCAAAGAUGAUGAGGAACAGAUAGAAGACAAGAUUGUAGUGUUGAAGACAACAAAAAGUACUUUUGCGAAUUCUGUGCAGAUGUUCAAAGUGGAAGGAACAGAUGACGUCUCAUCGGAUCUGGAAUCCGGUGAAAUUGAAUAAUCAUUGAUAUAUGUGCACGUAAUCAAUUAAAGGAAAUACAUUUUAUCAAUCAA